ACUGGUGUAUUAAAAAUAUAGGAUCAUUAUCAAUGCUGUUAAUGUAGAGCAGCCGUGGCUUUGGGCGGUGGUUUAAUACUUUGGUUACUCUGUACAUAACACUGUAAAAACACCAAGUUUAACGUGCGCAGAGGCUCAGUUUCCUCCUCUUGUUGUAAAAAUAUUGUCAAAGGGGCAGGACCACCGAGACUGAGGAGAUCCAGGAACACUGACAACACUGUGUUUGUGUUGUGUUUCAACGACUGUCCUGCAUCACAUUACUGGAUCUUUAGCUUCUUCUCCAUCAGCCCGACAGCUCCACGGAGCUCCGAGCACAAGCGGGAAUGGAGCAGAGCAACGCGGACGAGAGCGAGAGCCUCGCUUCCCUACGAAACACGAUAUGGAAGCAGCUCCAAGCCAAAGUCAAGCCACUGCGCAGUCCCAGACUGAGCUCCAGGGAGAGGGGGGAAGUAACGAAGAGGAACACGACGACGACGACCGGGAACGAGCCCAACUUACUCUCCCCCCCUCAGUUAAAAGUCCCGUUCGAGGCUCCGCUCCUCGCCGAAGCGGCGGGAAGCGGCUCCAAACUGGAGCCUGAGUCCCCGGAGACGCUGCCCGAACCUCCGCAGCACAACGGCAGCGACAGUGGCGGCAAAGCGGCAACAGAGGCAGAAACACAGCUGGAGCGCAGGGAUGAGCAGCCGCUUCUUCUCUAUCAGCCCGACAGCUCCACGGAGCUCCGAGCACAAGCGGGAAUGGAGCAGAGCGACGCGGACGAGAGCGAGAGCUUCGCUUCCCUACGAGACACGAUAUGGAAGCAGCUCCAAGCCAAAGUCAAGCCACUGCGCAGUCCCAGACUGGGCUCCAGGGAGAGGGGGGAAGUAACGAAGAGGAACACGACGACGACGACCGGGAACGAGCCCAACUUACUCUCCCCCCCUCAGUUAAAAGUCCCGUUCGAGGCUCCGCUCCUCGGCGAAGCGGCGGGAAGUGGCUCCAAACUGGAGUCUGAGUCCCCGGAGACGAUGCCUGAACCUCCGCAGCACAACUGCAGCGACAGUGGUGGCAAAGCGGCAACAGAGGCAGAAACACAGCUGGAGCGCAGGAAUGAGCAGCCGAGUUCGGUUGUUCCGUGUUCUUCAGGGACUGAUUCUGAGCGACCCACCCCAAGCUUGUUGAUGUACAACCUGGAGAUUGAACUCAAGAGAGGCCACAACCUGGCCAUACGAGACAAAGGAGGCAGCAGCGAUCCGUAUGUGAAGAUCAAACUCGCCAAUAAAGAUGUGUUUAAGAGCAAAGUCAUCUCCAAAAACCUCAACCCUGUGUGGAAUGAGAAGAAGAGUUUGAUCCUGGACAGUCUGAGUGAACCACUGAAUGUGAAGGUGUUUGAUUAUGACUUUGGCUUUCAAGACGACUUCAUAGGCUCUGCUUAUCUCCAUCUGGACUCUCUGGAGCAGCAGAGGACGAUACCUGUAUUUCUGGAGCUGAAGGACCCACAGUACCCUGAUGAGGACCUGGGCACCCUGGAGCUGGAUGUCACCCUGUCACCUAAAGACCGUUCCAUAGAGGAAUGUCGAGAGUCCACACAGCAGCAGCCGUCUACAUUUGUCCCAGAGAUGCGUCGGAAGUCCCAGCUCUGGCGAGGGAUCGUCAGCAUCGCGCUGUUGGAAGGUCGAGGCCUAACACCAAUGGAUUCCAACGGCCUGAGUGACCCAUACGUCAAGUUCAAACUGGGUAUUCAGAAGUACAGGAGCAAGACUGUGCCAAAGACGCUGAGUCCUCAGUGGAGAGAGCAGUUUGAUCUGAAUCUGUUCGACGAGAAAGGGGGAGUGCUGGAGAUCACAGUGUGGGACAGAGACCCUGGCAUGAGAGACGACUUGAUGGGAUGCUGCCAGUUGGACCUCUCUGCUCUGGCUAAAGAACAAACCCAUCGCCUGGAGCUGGAGCUGGACGAGUCCCGGGGCUACGUGGUGCUGCUGGUCACACUCACGGCCUCGGCCUGCGUCUCCAUCGCUGACCUGUCCGUCACGCCGCUGGACGACCAAACAGAACGCAGGGACACACUCAAACGCUACAGCUUGUGGAACUCGUUCUCUAACGUGAAAGAUGUGGGCAUCGUGCAAGUGAAGGUGUUGAGAGCCGAAUACCUCAUAGCUGCGGAUGUCACUGGUAAGAGCGACCCUUUCUGUGUGCUGGAGCUAAAUAAUGACAGACUACAGACACACACUGUUUACAAGAACCUCAGUCCAGAGUGGAACAAAGCCUUCACCUUUAACGUCAAAGACAUUCACUCAGUGUUGACGGUGACGGUGCUUGAUGAGGACAGAGACAGGAGCGCAGACUUCCUGGGGAAAGUUGCCAUCCCUUUAUUACAUGUGCGUAACGGUGAGAAGAAAGGCUACAUGUUAAAAGAUAAGAAGCUGACGGGUCCGACCAAAGGAGUCAUCUACCUCGAGAUUGAUGUCAUCUACAACAUUGUCAAAGCUGCGUUGAGGACUGUGGUCCCAGCAGAGCAGAAAUAUAUGGAGGAGGAACUGAAGGUGUCCAAACAGUUGAUCCAGCAGAAUUUUAAUCGUGUGAAGCGGUGCGCCAUGGUCCUGAUCAACUGGGGAUCGUACGUCAAUAGUUGCUUUCAAUGGGAAUCCACGCAGAGGAGCGUCACCGCCUUUGUGCUGUUUGUGGUGGUGGUAUGGAACCUGGAGCUCUACAUGCUGCCACUGGCACUGGUGCUCCUGCUGCUCUGGAACUACUUCUUCUGCUCAAGCAGGGAGAGAGAUGAUCUGUCAAUGGAGGCCAUGUUUGAAUUGGACGAUGAAGAAGAGGAUAAAGAGGACAAGGACAAAGGCUUGAUGGAGAGACUGCAUGCCGUGCAGGAAGUGUUCGUCAGCGUACAGAAUGCUCUGGAUGAGGUGGCGUCGUAUGGAGAGAGGAUAAAAAACAUCUCUAACUGGACUGUGCCUUUUCUGAGCUGGCUGGCGAUCACUGCCUUUUGUUUGGCCACAGUUCUUCUCCAUCUCAUUCCUCUCCGAUACCUUGUGCUGGCGUGGGGUAUGAAUAAAUUCACCAAGAAGCUUCGUAAUCCGUACAGGAUUGACAACAACGAGGUUCUGGACUUUCUAUCCAGAGUGCCCUCUGAUAUUCAAGUGAUGCAGUACCAGCAGUUGAAGGCUGACACCGAACGAACCGCACUGAAGCGCAGGAAGACCAACCCGAGCUAAUGGUCACAUGUGUCUUCAUGUGUCUUCAUGUCUCUGUCCUCUGCUGGAACAUUUGUAACUGUAAACAAUGUGAACUUAUAACAAAGGCUACUUCUGUAUUUCUUGGAUAUUUGGAUGAUUCAAGGCGUUAAUGUUUCUUUUGUGUGUAAUUUAUUUUCUAAAUCCUGAAGAGUUUUUAUGAUUUUAAUGAUUCAUGUCUUGUCACCACACACAUUAUAAACCUGUAAAAAAUAAAUACAUUGUUACGAAUGUCAUGAAUAUAAACAUGUGCAUGGAUGAAAGCGUGUUGCUGAUGGAAUAAUGCAUCUCUGUGUGUGUAAAAUGUAUCAUCAUUUAUUGUUGCAGGGUCAGGGUUAUUUAGCUCUUCUCAUGUUAGUACGAUGGUGGGCUCAUGUAAAAACAUGGUUGCUCAUAUAAUCAGGUGAUUGUACACUUAUAGAAAGUUAACUAUGUUGCUUUUUAUCUUCAGUUUCUGCCAAAUGAUAAUAAUAUGACCAAAAAAGUCCACACUGGCUCUUUAAUAUGCAAUUAGAUUUAGAUUCACAGAAUCAAAAAUAAUAAAA